AUGGCGUCCACUAUGCCUGCCAACGACCCUAUUCCGCCACGUGACUAUCAUGAAGCAACGACAGAGCUAUCAGGAUCACCAGAACCUACCAGCUUGCAAGUGGCAGAAAAACCCCGCCGCAGUCCUUCCCCAGGACAUGGGUCCAAGUCGGGAGAGAACAAGUUGCGGCCCGCAGGAGAUAUCAUCAACCGCAUUAAUUGGGAUUCCAAUUUUGAGCCUGCUGAUUUUAUCAUUGGGUUUCUAGAUCGAUUCGAGGGUCAAUUGGAAGUCGGCAUGGGCAGUUGGAAGAAAGAGUCUACCCAUGAAGAGUUCAUCCCCCAGCACCGGGUGCUAUACAUCCGGCAUGUGGAUGGUGAGAUUGUAUGGGACCGAAGGCGCCGUAUCGACAAGAUCUUCUACAGUGGGAACUCGGCGUUCAGUGAGCUGGCGUUUCUAUGUUGA